UAUGGAUUUGUUACAGGGUGUGUGACGUAUGCGUUGCGUUAACACAUCUGGUAUUUCGCUAUGAUUGGCGCUUCAGCUGCCGAGAAGAUUUAUCUAAACGAAGCGUCCUAUUUUAUGAUAUCCGAGCGCAAACACAGGUCCGAAUGAUCUUUGCGAUUUUCCAAUUACACUUCUAUAAUCUUUGAUACUUUGGAAUAAUAACAUAAAAAUAAAAAAAAAACACUGAAAAAUUUUCACGAUGUGAAGAAAAUUACAGAAAUGAAAUUGGAUUAACCAGUUUUCGAAAAAAAAUGCGGGUUUUCACCAUUUUCCGAGCCUUGUUUGUCCGAAGUUUGUUCGGAGCCCACGGGCUGAUCGCCAUUUGGCGCCUGUACAUGGUGAUCGGAGAGAUCUGGUGUUGGUACCUGAGUGUGACGCUUCUUGGACUACUCAUAGAGACUGUUGUUACCCUCGCUGUCAAACGCGGAAAAGAAUGGAAAUGGUUUUGUCCCAGUGUGUUUUUCUAUUUGGCGAGUGUAGUGCCCGCCAUUUGGUUCUUAGAGCUGCAUGCAAUGGAGGACCGGAUAGAAGAAAAGGCUGAGCAAGAACGAUUUAAUAUAACUACACAAAACCAGAACAGAUCGGUAGAAGAUUUAAAGAUUAUCAUUAAAGAUUUGGGGAUUGAUUUUAGUUUCCCGUUGUCCUUGACCGCUGACCUUUGGCUGCGUGUCCUUGAGCAGUUUUUGCUGCUGAUGCUGAUAGUCGGACGCUGGGUGCUUCCUAAAGGGGCGCUGUCACAUGAUCAGUUAUCACAGCUCCUGUUGGUUUAUGUUGGCACUGCGGCUGAUAUUGUUGAAUUCUACGAAGCAUUUAAUGAGGAGGCGGUAAAGUACAAUCCAUUGUUGAUAUAUAUUCUCCUGGGUAUAUGGACCAUGAGCCUGCUUCAGUUCACGUUGGUCGUCACGGCAACGAGAGCACGGCGAGAUCUUGUCGGGGUUCCGAGUGGACUAAUCCUGGCAAUGAAAGAAGAAGCGCCAAGCUGUUGCAAUCCGGAAAUCUACGGAAUCAUCGUGUCAAUUCUGAUGCAAGAUUGUCCCUUUCUUGUGAUUCGGCUGCUUUUGAUAUUUUACUACCAUGUUGUGAGCUAUACAAAUAUGUUUUUUACUUCCAAAAACUCGUUGGUAAUUCUGUUACUCUUGUACAGAGUGGUCGUUAUUCAGACAACCGACAAAAAGAAAUCUCGUUCGUCUGGGCUGACUACGCGAGAAAAGAGUGUAGAGGAGCUCCAAUCUAAGAGCAAUAUUGAAGUUCACAACCUUCUCCACUCCAGCAAAAGUGCUCCAAACGUGUCCAUAAUCAACGGCAAUUCGGCGUUCCGUUCGUUUGACAGCCUGCCCAUUGACGUCACCACUGAUGUCAUCGUUGGAGUCGAAGGAUUAGUGGACGACACGACUCAUCACAGUAAAAUGGAGUCAAAAUCAGAUAUUGGAAACGGUCCAGUUAUCAAUAUGGAACGGGUUCCAAUCACAGAGGGCCAGGAGAUUCAACGUUCAGAUGAAAAGAGAGCGAAUAAUAUUGGAAAUGGAGAAAUCCAACGUCGGAUUAAGAAUAUUCCCGUAUUGGAGGAAAGAAGACUCCUUGCGCUAGAAAGGCAUAUCAAGCGUAAACGGAGGAGACGGCCGUACGUUAAAAAGAUGAAGAAUUCGGACAACACAGAGCACCAGCUUGGCAAAACCAUGGCGUCUCCCAAUGGAGAAAUGCCAGACGAUCCUGGGGCGUUUGAUUAUAAGGAUGAGAUGAUACAAGUUUCUAAAGGGGAAGGAAGAGAAGAUUGCAUUCUGAAUAAAAUCGUGGGUACGAGGAUGCCAGCUUUAAAAAAAUGUGUUGAGGACCAAAUUGAUCUGCAAAUAAAACACGAACUGAUCGAGAAUGUUGAAGCCCAAUCAACAAAGAUGGAGGUCGUAAAAGAUAAGGAACAGAGUGUGCAAUUUGAUAAGUUGGUUAGAUACUUACUUGACGGAGUAAAAUUAGAUUUACUUAAUAUAGUGGAAGAUGAACUAAACAGUAAGAGCAAAGAGGUUGAAGAGGAAGGUCAAAUCAAAAAGGAUGAAGGGGCUGGUAUGGAGGUGAAGCAAGAAGGAGAAAAUUUAACUGCCGUGGAGGAAGUAAACACUUCGCCGCCAAAAGAUACUUUGAUGGAAGUUAAUCGUGUUAAUGAUAAAAACUUGAAGAAAGAGAAAGAAAACCUUCACAAUGAAGGGUAUAUCAAAUGUUUGGAGAGAGCAAAGGACCCUGAAAUCCAGACUGAUGAUAUCAGAGUUGAAAAUCCGGGACAAAGUAGUUCUGGACCAAAGGAACCUAAACCAAUAAAUUCCGAAUCGGAAGUCAUGAAAUCAAAUGAACUGGUAAAAGAUGGAAGAGAUAAUGAAAAGACUAAUACCGAUAUAAGAAACAAGCUUGUCCUCGAUGACAAUGAAGAUGAUGAUGAAGAAGAUGACGAUGAAGGCUUUAUGCCGAGAAAACUAUUUUUCUUUAGUUUUUCUGAAUUUAAGCGUUAA